UAUAUAAUAAUGAUACAUUUUACUCAAUUUGUAAACGUAUGGUAUUUAUUUUUAAAAAUAGAAAUAUCAGGAUUGGACAGCACAGUUGGCGAUGGUCCUACAUGUAGUGACAAUACAAUUCAAGAGGAAAACCAAUUAUCAAAGACAAACCAAGGUAAUGCAGAUGCACAAGAACCAAAUAUAAACAAAUCAACAUCUUCGACUGCUACAUCUACGAAUUACACGUAUAGAAAAUCAAGAAAAGCUGAUACACGCAACAAUACACGCAACAGGGGGAAGUUAGCAGAGCUUGAAGAAGAAAAUAUGAAGUUGGAUAACCAGAGGCUUCGGAUGCAAAUUAACCAACUAAAUGAAAACAAAGAAAUCCUGACACUCAAAAAGGAAAUUUUAAUGCUCAAGAAAUCAAAACUGGAAUUUGAAAUCCAAGCUAACUAUCCAUUUUUUACCGAAGCACUUUCCGCAAAUCAAUGUACAGAUAUUUCUGAGUGUUAA